AUGUCUUCGGAGAUAGCAGAAAAGGGCCAAGUUGGGACUAUUGAUAUCUCUCCCGUCCGAACACCAAUACCGGCGAAAGAAACUGUACACUAUGUCAACCGCAAUGGUGACGAUACUCCGCAGUCUUUUGAAGAAGAUCUCAUCCCCGGUUAUGAUGCUACCCUGAUGCGAGCACGUGCGACGCUCAGUAGCGCAGAGGAAAAGAAGCUUUUGCGACGCAUUGAUUGGCAUCUAAUUCCACUAUUGGCGGUCAUGUACAUGUUGAAAAGCGUGGAUUUCAGCAAUGUCUCCUAUGCCCGCAUUAUGGACAAAGGCACACCCCAGAACAUCAUGACCGAAUUGAAAAUGACUUCCGACCAGUAUAAUCUGGUUACGACUAUGUAUUAUGUCCCUUACAUUAUUGCAGAAGCCCCAUCCAACCUUUUGUUGAAGGGUGUACGACCCUCAAUUUGGCAAGCUCGGAUUAUGGUAUCUUGGGGUGUUGUUCUCUGUUGUCAUGCAGCCGUGACAAACAGACAGGGUCUAUAUGUCGUUCGAUUCUUCCUCGGACUAUUUGAGGCCGGCCUGUGGCCAGGAAUGCUCUUACAGCUAUGCUAUUGGUAUAGACCAGACGAAGUUGCUCCAAGGAUAGUUCUUGUGACUAUACUAGGGAACUUUAGUACUGUGAUCAGUGGUGUCCUUGCAUUUGCGUUCAAUGGUGUCAUUGCUGGUGGUCUAUCUGGAUGGAAAUGGCUUAUUUUGACGGAAGGAAUCUUCACGGUCUUACUGGGAAUCUUUACAUAUUUCUUCUUACCUGAUUGUAGGUCAACCUGCUUUCAAAUGCCAGGCAUAACUGAUUAUUCCGCAGUCCCUUCAACUGCAUCCUGGUUAUCUGAAAAGGAGAAAGCCUUCACCCAAGCUCGCCUACCUAGUAACUCGCCUCGAGCGGCGGAGGCUAACUUCAAUUUGCGCGAACUUAUCACAACAUUGAAGAACAAGCGAAUCUGGCUUUUCCUCUUCUGUUGGGCAUUCUUUACUAUUGGUACGACGGGACUUUCGUUCUACCAACCAACUGUCAUUUCUAAUCUUGGAUUUACAUCUAUGGGUGAAGCCCAGCUACUAAAUAUUCCGUCUGCGGUCUUUGCGGUAAUAUUGACUGUGGCAUUCGGUAUCUUCGCAGAUACCGGACGUAUUCCCCAACCGGCCAUCCCACUUGGAUUCAUGGUUGUUAUUCUAGCGUGCUAUGGCGUGCUGUAUGCCUUCCCAAACAACGGUGGUGUAUACGCUGCGACGAUUGUAGCAGGAGGUUUCUCGACUGCAUGGUAUACAAUGAUGUGGCCGUGGCGAGUCCAGACCACUGAGGGAGCAACGGGAUCUGCUUUUGCAAUCGCAUUUGCGAAUAGUUACGGCCAGAUUGGAGGGGCCGUAGGAUCUCAAUUAUUCAAUUCUAGGUUUGCCCCAAGAUAUACAACCUCCUUUGGAAUUGCGAUGGGAUUUGUUGGUAUGGCUAUCAUUAUGAACCUCAUUACUUGGGCUUUUACUUGGCGUGUUGAUGUUGAUACAAGAAAGCUCAAGAGAAUUCGGGUUGCGGCAGCAAAGGAGAAUCAGGCUGUGUUGGAUGAUGUUGAUAUUCAUGCAGGAGAGAAAAAGGACAGGUAA